AUGGCGCCAUUUAAACAAGAUAGCAUUCUGAUGAUCUAUCCUAGAUCAGGUAGUACACUAGUGCAGUUUGGGUUGAAUGACGAGACAUUCAUGCCACCAACUUUUGAGAUUCCCACAGUAAUAUAUAGGAAAAAAGACAAUGCCGGAAAUUUCAAUUACGGGCCCAAAGAGCAAUUUGGGGAUCUAGAAACUGUUGAAGAAGUCAGGCCAAUACAGAAAGGUGCAAUUGUUGACCUUGAAGCAUUCUUGCACUUUUUGAAACUGUUUUAUGCCUCGAUCCUGGCUGAUAAAUAUAGUUCAAAUACCUCAGCCUUUGAUGAUGAUCUUGCAAAUAUACCAGUUCUUCUAGUGACACACCAUACUUGGUCACAAUUGCAAUUGGAGAUGAUUACCAAGUUUGUUUUUGAGAACUUAGAAAUUAAUAAUCUGCUCCUUCUUCCACUAUCUCUGGCGUCAACAUUUGCCAUGGUAUCGCUACAGAACAGUCUUGUGAUUGAUAUCGGCACUACACACACAGAUAUUAUACCAGUUGUCGACUACACACCUAUGGAACAUCUUACAUCGACGAUCAACUUGGGUGGGGAUUCCAUAAACACAGAGCUGGCUAAGAAGCUCCCACAACUUACAGAAACCCAGAUAGAAACUUUGAAGAGAUCUACUAUAUUUGAAGUAUUGAGCGCAGAUGCAAGAGAAAUCUUGGAUACAAACGACGGUGAAGAGAUGGAUGAAGGAGCCUUGGAUGUUGCCGCUAUCGUUACAAGUGGGCGUGACACAAGGGAAGUACUUGAAGAAAGAGAACGUAAGAAGAAGCAGAGAAAUGUUAAGAAUGCUGAAUUGGAUACCAAUAGCUUUUAUGAUGAUGAUGGGCAAGAAAUAACCGUAGGUAAGCAAAGAUUUGAAGGUACAGAGAAAUUGAUUGAAAGUAUAUCUCAUAGAGUUGGUAACGUACUUGCGCAUAUUCAUGACAAAGCCAAAGCUAGACAUAUAUGGGAAAAUAUUAUUGUUGUUGGAGGAACAUCAUCUAUAGUAGGUUUCCGUGAAGCUCUAAUUGCUCAGCUUUACAAGGAUCACAUCAUUAUGGAGCCUGAGGAAGAAAGGCAAGAUAGAGAAGACGCCGCAAAAGCUUCUUUAUCAAGCAAGAAAAAGAACAAAUUUUUAGAUAAUACAUUACCCACAACCGAAUACAUACAGGUUCCAACAUCUAUUAAGUUUGCUAAAUAUCCAGAUUACUUCCCUGAAUGGAAGAAGCAUGGUUACUCAGAAAUCCCAUUUCUUGGUGCUCAAAUAGUAUGCAAACAAGUGUUUACACAUCCUAAGGACACAUUUUAUAUUACACGUGAAAGGUAUGAUGAAAAAGGGCCAGCAGCAAUUUGGGAUAUUGUUUUUUAG